AUGGAAAAUGACUCAUUUCUCAUCAUGCUCGGUAGCGGAAUAGGUACUCUUUCAUAUUGCUGAUGAUAACUGGCUAUUUCUGAUUUGAUCUGUGCGAAAAUCCUGGUUUUUAAGGCCCGGACCUGCCUUAAUAACUCUUUAAAACGGCACUUCGUCUCGAGACCUUUUUAAUAUUGGUAGAUGCUCCUUUCAUAAUCUCAAAAAGGGACUUAAAAAAUACUUCAGAAGGCCUAAAAUCUUGAUAAUUUCAGGCAAGAAGGUGACCGCCGAUGUGGUCAAAAACGAGUACAAUGAGUUUCUGGAAAAGAGAAACAAAGUUUGUAAAUAAAAGUGAUUUUUUGAUUUGAAUUUUUGAGGAUGUUCCAAGCAAACCGAAAAAUAUGACAAAGGAAGAGCGAAGAGCAGAAAUGCGGCGGAGAAAGUUGGUUUGAGAAAAAUAGUCUGUUCAAAAAUUGUCAGAUUUUAAAGGAGCAUGGAUGAUUUACUUGUGGAGAAACGUUUUAUGAUUAUUUUUUUGAGUUUUUGAUUAACACGAAGAAUUAAUUUUCUUUGACCUGAUGUUGAACAGUUAUAUGUUGAAAAAAAGCUCUACAAAUUUUUAGAAAACAAUUAAAUUUUUGGAAUUUAUUCGUGUUGUAUAAUAACGAAUCCGCCAUUUCACCUUUUUUUCUGGAUUCGAAAAAUAAAAAAACUUAAAGUACAUUAUCUGAAAAAAAUGACUUCAAAUUUAAAUUUAUUUGGUAAAACCUUUCAAAGUUUAGAGUCAGUCAAACGAAUAAUGGUCAAUUUCAUUUUUUUAAUAAUUUGGUUCAUCAUGGACAGGCUUGCGCGUCAGGCUGCGCGGCCUGGUCUUUGGGCCAUUUUUUGCGAAGAAGCCGGCGCGGGCUUGGGCCAGCUCGGGCUUCGAAUGAAGUUUUUAAAGGCCUCUAAAAAGUUUUUUAUCCUAUAAUACGUUUUCACCGAGAAGCAUACUUUACAUUUCAAAUGAUAGUUUCUUUUGAAAUUGAAGGGAAAAAAGAACCAAAAACGUUUUGUCGUUAAAAAGGACUUUUAUUUGACUUGAAGAAACUCCGCCUUUUAGGCCGGGUAUUUUCGCGCGAGGUCUCUCUAAGGCCGGGCGGUGUCGGGCUUGAACCGGGCUGAUAGGUUGAAAUUUCUGAAUGCCCGCCCUCGCACAGGCCUGGUUAUAGGUAAUCCAGCGGUGUAUCAUUGUCAAAACUUGGAGCCUUCACUUUGAUUUAUUUCGUAUUCAUCUCUUAGAAAGUUCUGAUCGCAAUCAUUUUUUGAACAAAAAACUUCAAAGCUCUCAAUUUUCAGUAUUUUCGUGGUUGCCGAUGAUCCAGAACAGGAAUCGUCGAUAAUUGAGCGAAUCUCGGCUCACAUAAACCCUUUUGUGGUGAAGGAUCAAUCGAGGCCGCUCCGUUGGAAGCACGCUGGCAGGAGAAAGGUCUAGUGGUCAUUUAAGGAAUUUAGGAGUUUUCAUCGAAUAAUUUUCAGAAGGAAAAGAAAGCCCCAAAAGCAACGGGUAGUGAUCAUCAGGUCUCUGAUUCCAAUGUAGGUUUUUUUUUUGUUGGGCAUUUUUGGACUGCUCUCAAGUGGCCACUUGGAUGAUUUCCAGAGCAAACCGAAAAAGAAGGCGCCAAAGGAGCCAACCAUUCCUGCAACGGGAUCUGAGGUGAAAGAGAAACAAGAUAGGAAAAAAAUGAAUCUUUUUUUCAGACCGAUCUGGAUAAACAGAAAAAAAGUCAAAGUCGAAGGUUCAGUUUUUUUCAAGAUUUGGUCGCAUUUGGAAUGACUUAAUAAGUUUUUGCGGUCGCACGGCGGAUCGGUAAUUUCACUGCAAAUCCUCCAAUUUAUGAGUCAAGCAGGCCGUUUUUUGGCUCUGAGCCAUUCUCAGUGCGACCAAAAUUUUCCGACCACGCUUAUUUUUGAAUGAUAAAAGUAGCGGUUACGAUUGAUUUUCGAUUUUCUGAAUUGGGAAUAAAAUUGUUCAAUAUUUCGGAAAAGUUCGCCCUUUUCAUGUUAUUGUUGUUCUGAUGAUCUUGCCGGAGAGAGGAAAAGAGGUAGAGAAAAAUUUGACUGUUCUGAGUCGCACAAAAAGAAAAACUAUCAAUUGAAAAACUUUUCUCAGGCCCCACCAGAGCCUCAAGCCGAACCCAAACCGGCAGUUUUGAGCGAUUCUGAGAAGGGAAGCUCGGAGUCGGAUGCUUCGAAAAAGAAGCUAACCGCUCCUGAAGCCUCCGAAAAGGCCUCGUCAGAAACGACGUCUUCAAAGGAGAAGGUGGAGCCGUCGGAAAAUGUCAAGGCUCCUGACGUCGUGACGACAACGCCGACUUCGACGAUGACGGCGCCUCUGGGGCCGCCGACGAUCUCGCCGCCCGACGACACGUCGUUGAUGAGCUUGAAGAUGUCGCCGGUUUCCGUGCCCUCGAUGGAGAAGCAGACCGACGUCUUCGAGAAGAUCGAUGUAUGGUUUCACUUUUGAUUGCUGAUAAUGAUGCUAUAGCCCAUUCCGACGCGCCAGCUUGUCCCGAUUUUGUUUUCCUCGAGCUACAGAGCCAUUCCCUUCGAAGAGCCCUACCUGUCCCUGCACAUGUGCCUUUAGUUUAACCCAUAAUUCCCGUUAUAUUAAAGGCACAUGCAGAUAAGGAAACCACUCGCAUUGAAGGGAUUUGUUCCUCACCUUAACGGACAUAAAACUCAUGAAAAGCUUGCUCGGAAUAGGUAAAAAAAUGUAUCAUGUGGGAGAUCAGAGACCGGUGGAAGAGAUGCCAGACAGUGAAAGUUUUAUAGUUUCUCUGGUGUCUCUUCAGAUCGUGUUUGAUCUCUUUUUCAUUCAAAAGAUUUAUACCGAUUUCCAAAAGAAGAAAUCCUAAAAGAUGAAUAAUGAGAAUAAUACAAUGAAUUUCCAUUUCAGGAAGACGAUAUGGAACGAAUCAUGAAGAUGCAAUGCGCACAGGAUGAGGUAAGAAAUUUGAACGAUUUUUUUGGUUCUAUUAAUUGGAGACGGCGUUGAAACCUCUAUCGAAAAGUUCCGCUCAGGACUUUUUUUUUCCGAUUUUCCAAAUUUCAAACGUUUUCCAAAAAAAAAGUAUUUUUUUUUUUCGCCUCGCUUGAAACUGUCCCCAGAAAAUUUUCUGUUCGUCGUUUUUUUGAGCUCAAAGGUAAAAUUUUUCAAGCUUCAGCUGCUUGAAACUACUGAGUUAUUCUUUGACCCUAUAUUUGAAAAAAAUGUAGGGAUUUUCAGAAAGCCACCAUCGACCUGGCCCGAAAAUUGUUGAAGUUGGCAAAGAAGUUGAAAAUCCUCGACGAGUGCCUGACCAAAGACGAUAAUGAAGUGUUGGCCAAGUUUUUCUCGGGUCGGAUGCCGCUCAAUCAACAGGUUUUGUCAUGUUCUAGAAAGUGUGAAGUGUGGUUGCACAGGGAAUGGCUCAAAGUACCCUGUAAUAUGCCCUAAAUUUUCACUUAUUUUUAACUGUGCGGGUCAGGUGACCCCGGGGCGAUUGCUUCAAAUAACGGGUCGCCCGCUGCCGCUCCUUCGGCAGCUUUGUGCAAAACUUUAUUCUCAAAACUUUGAGCCGUUCUCCUGAAGUUUCUUGAAGUUUGUAUUUUUUUUUUCACUAAGUUUUUUGCCAUCCCCAGGGCGACCAUGAGAAUUCAAGCUGUAGAAUUUGAAGUAUUUCAUGAUAAUUCUGAGACAUUUCAAAGGUUUUGAACGUCCUGGACGUGGCGCUGGACAAGACGAUCGACGCUCUGCAGAAGAACAAGAUGGAGGUCGACGAUGAGACCAAGGCUCUGAUGAAACGACGUGAUAAAGUUGGAAAUUCGAGAAAUUCGACAUGAUUACCUUGAAUUCUAAGCUCAAAGCUGCGAUUAUGAACGAGAUUUUGGUUUCGCCGCAGUACUUGCCGAGGACCUGGACGCAGAAAUAUGAAGGUUUCGUGACUUUGAACAUAAUUUUUUUUUGUAGCAAGAUUUAGAAGUUGAACCAAGCUAAUUUUAUGAUAAUUAUACCUUGAGAUUAAAUAACUACUUUGACGUUAAAAAAAGAUAAAAUUUAAUUUUCAAAAGGGAAAAAUUUCAAAAAAAUAGUUGACGUACUUCAAAAAAAAAAGCCAUUUUAUUCGAAAACUGGCACCAAGUUUUUCAAUGAUUUUAUGAAUCGAAAGAUCGAUUCUCCGAACAGUUUUUAAAAAUGGAGAAGAUUCUUUGAUUAAUUAUUUGAAUUAUUCGAACAGAAUGGAAAGCCGAGGCCGAGAAGCAGAAGCACGGGAUUAAUUGGUUCCGCGUUUUGUUCACCUACCCCAAGCACAAAUCGUUUGGUGACGGACCCGAAGACAAAUGUUCGCCGUUUUCCUUUUUCUUUUCCAAUUGUCAAUUUACAAUUGGUUCUGGAAAUUGUCAAUUAAUUUUCCUGAGCUUUUUCGUUUUUUUUUUUCGGGGAAAAAUUGACUGAAUCCUGGAUAUUUCGAGAAAAUACACGGAAUUUCCUUAUAUUCUUUGAAUAGCUUUUUUGUUUCAGUUGGAAACUUUGACCGCAAAAAGCGCGGUCUUUUCCUCGGCCUUUUACUCGGACCGAGCAAUUCCAAGUCGUUUGAAGAGACGAAACGCGAGGAGUUGUCCGCUGUAAGCUUUUAUUGAAUAGAAAAACGAAGUGUUUCAUUUCAGGGAAUGUUCCUCGACACGAAAAUCAUCGAAGCAGCGAAGGCUGACACUCCAAAGUCUGAGAUGUCAACGAUCAGAAAGAGCUUGCGCAAAAAGAUUGAUUAA